UACAGUUUUGAGUAUUUGUACUGCCCUUAGUUGUUUUUGACCUUUGACUUACUGAAUCACUAAAGUACAGAUUUUUUGCUCUCCCAAAUGUUGUUCUACAUUGAUAAUAAUAAGUUUAUUAUUAUUUAAUGAAUGAGUCGUUUUGAUCUCCCAUCACAUUUUGCUUGUUGCAAAAAAUCAUGAAUGCUAAACAACAAUAGUGUGUCUAGUAGAUGUGUAGAUAAGCACCCAACAGGUGUGUGUGUGUGUACGUGUGUACGUGUGUGUGCGCGAAUGUGUGCAUGUGUGUGCACGUUAGCGUGUGUGUGUGUGUGUGUGUGUGUGUGUGUGUGUCUGUCAGAGAUACAGCUACCCUUAUUUUGCCACGAUACGUGAUAUUGUUAUAAAACCAGGAUACCGUGAUAUUCAUGGCUUAAAUAUAGACUGUCGCUUUGAUGGAGGGUUUGUGCUUUUGAAAGUUGCAUACCACGUUGGAUGUUGAAUAUCAUGGUCUGUUUAUGAGGUGUGUAAUGAUGUUUAGUUAAAAGGUUACUGGGCUACUAUGUGUUGUACUGGUUGGGUAGGAACCAAGCUUUGCGUUGCUGUGUGCUUGUAAGGUGACAUAGGAGAUUGUAGUGAACAUAAAUACCGGCUCUAGUGUCCUUUCGUGAAAUUAAAGCAUGAUGCUGGUCCAGCUGUUGACCCACUUUCAUGCCGGUGGACUGGAGAGCAAUGCCUGGGACACCUGAGCAGCCAGAACACAGUGACAGGCUGUUCUGUUCUGUUCUGUUCUGUUCUCUUCUGUUCUGUCUCUACUAUAUGUAAUGCAAUCAUGGUCAAGCAUUCAGCCAGUGUGACAGUGUAUGGCUUAAAAGGUUUCACAGAGGACCUUCCAUGUCUUCAUUAAACACACUCAGUAACCACACAGUUACGUUGGAAAGCGUGAGUGAAGCAGAGGUUUACUAACCGGCUGAACCAGUUGAUGCGUGUCCUGUUCUGUAGCUGUGAACUGGUACCACCCGAUCCUGCACAAACCCUGGAACUGCUUGAACUCGGCCAGCGUAGCAGAACAGACAGUUCUCUUGAGGUCUGUCCAGGUUCUGACUGGACCUCUUUGUGGAUCUACCUUUGCUUACGGACGUUGACCUGCUGUUGUGCUCCUGUGCUGUUUGAGAGUGAGACCAGAACAGGUUUGGGGGUGUACUGUAUGUGGUAGCUCAGCGUCUCUGUGGUUAAACGCUGCUGCCUCAAGCCGUCUGACUGUGAAAGUCUGCUGUAACAAGAAGCAACACAUUAGAUUCUGAGAAAAGCAAAGUUGAUGCAAAUUGCACUCUGAGGUUGUGUACAAAGCGAAGUGUGGGGCUGCUUGUUAGCAGCUUGUGCUGUGCAGUGUGUAAUUGUUGGCCCUAAAGCAGAAUCUUUUUUCAACAACAAAGGUCAACAUCUUGACCUUUUACCUCAGUUCAAUUAAACGCUUCACUUGAUCAGUGCUUUGUUUUAUGACAAAUAUCUUGAACUUCAUGACACUAAGUGAAUUAACAUGUCAUUGAUAUUCAUGAUCCCCACCUGCUAAAUCAUUAUUUAUCUUAUCUGUCCUAUGACGAAUCGAUGACUUUACACCUUCACCAUAAAGUGAACGUUUGAUAGUAGAUGCUAUCAAAUAUAUUUGAUCACAGGAAUUAAUAACUGUUAUAAAAUUACUGGAGUUCAAAUAUUAUAGUCAAGCCCAAAAUUAUUCAUACUCCUGGCAAAUUCUGACUUAACGGUUUUUUUCACUGGUAAUGACACAAAAGGCAAUCAGACGAUGUACGAUGUACAUGUUCAUUGUGGAAAUAAGUUUUGCGGGUAUUUUAUUUACAUUUGAACAAAUGGAGGCAUUUUCUACAUUAUCAUCACUUCUCUGCAAUCAAUAGAAAAGGCUAUUGCAGCAAUCAAACACUUCCUAUAAUUGCGGAGCAGCCUUUUGCAUGUCUCCUCUGUUUUUUGGCCCACGCAUUUUUAGCAAUGAGCUCCAACCUGAAAAGGUUGGGGGUUCUCUUAAAUGAAAGAUGAGUAAUCAUUUUUUCCCACAGUGAUGCAGAAUCACAAUCACAAUCAAAUAAUAAAAUAAAUACUAGUCUGGGCUGUUUGUGGUUAUACAGAACUGCCUAUAUAAAUCUUGGUCGACUCUAUAGUUAGUUAGUUAGGUUGUAUUAGUCCCCUGAUUUGAACCCAUUCGUGAUUUGAACAGCUCCAGGCUACAACACCUGAGCUUUUAUACCCGGAACUAGCAGCCCUACAAUUGAAGGGCAGUCAGUGAAUUGGUCUGUAAGGACUCUGUCUUAAGUCAACCUUAUUUAUGAGCAUCUGCUGCCAGACCUGUCUCUUUCCAAAUGCUAACUUCACCCCACUGACAUAGUUUGUGAUGCAGCUCAGACAUGUUCAUUAAAUAUAACUUGUCCCUCAGUGUACAGUGUUGGUGCCAAGCAUCUCAGCGUUAUAGACAGCGUUCAUAGCUGACGUAUGACACCGUAGUGUAAAACCCGUCAUAACUGUUGUGCGUCAUCAAUCUUAUCUUGUGACCCACGCACCAUCAAUAAAUCCCGCUUUUAAUCAGAUGACUAAUGAAGCUCCAGUCACAAGGUUUCUUGGCAGGCUUUCAGCUUGGCCUCUGAUGAAUCAUGAUUUAUUUUCCCUCUUACUUUUUAACAUUAUACUGAUACAAAGUCAUGUCCUGGAAUAGGCCGCCCUGGCGCACAAUAGGCUGCCAUUAUUAAAUAGUGUGUCCACAGCCAUAGAGAGGAAAUGAGAGACUGCUACAUGAGGUGUGGCGUAACAAUUGUACAGUUUUAAUUAUCUCUCUUCCGUCAAUCAAUGCCAGCGAGUCGCUGCAUUGUUUGUUCACAGGUUGCUGUGACUUUGCAACGCAGCCCUCAGUUUAACGUGAAAUGAGCGUGAAAGUCAUUCUCGUUAAUUUCCUGUAAUUCAAUAGCAGUGGGUAAAAAUAUUUGUGGGAGCACAGAGCAGCAGAAACAUUAGACGCAAAGCUGCAGCAGGAAGUGGAGUCCUGCGUGGCUUCAGACACAGGCGCUCAGUGGGCUUUCUGCUUUUGCUUGAUCAGUCUGAACCCUGUCCACCAUAAAGAUGUUACUGUAGGUUAUAAAGCGUCUCAGAAGUGGAAACUCUCUUUAAUCAGUUUAAAUUCUAGUCUAGUUUCCUGUCCAGGGCUCACGCCACCUAAAGGGGGAAGCCUCUGGGGUUGCUCCAGUUUCAAAGGUCGUAUGUUUGGUUCAUGUCUCCAAACAGAACGACUGACCUCCUCCGACUGAACGCGCGGUCGCCCUGGAGCGGAAUGUAGGUUGUCACCGGAGCUAUUUUGGCAAUGCACCGCCGCUGAUGAUUGUGAUCGCGGAGCAGAGCUCGGAGCAGUUGCUUCGCGUUCUGUUUUUUUUUUUUUCCCCCUCUCCUUCCGGCAAGUUUGAUCAUGCUGCUCUCACCGGCGCUGCAGGGAUUAGAGAGUUAAACGAAUGGCACGUCGGCUCCGCUUGCAUUUUGCGUCAAGGAGAAGCAACACGGACCCCCUGUCAGAAAGCCUCAGCAGCCAUGGUGAGGACAGCAGCGUCGGUGUGCCAGCUCAUAGCCCCGCUGAGAGCCUGGCGCACAGCUCCGUCCACUUGAAGGUGACUCCUCUGUCACCGGACGACGCUAAUUUACAGCAGUACUCGUCCGUAUUCAUACCGAUGGUUAAUACAGCGGCACGUAGCAGGAGGAGCAUUCUGCAAAUCUCACUCCAGCCCUGCGGCAAACUCGGUGGAGAGCUGGAUGGCAGCAUAGAGGAUGGAGUCAAUGAGGGCGGAGCGGGGACGGGCUCUGACGGAGGCUCGUGUAGCAGCAGCAUGGCCAGCGAUGCCGGAUACUGCAGCAGCAGCAGCAUCUUCGAGCCAGAAGCCCCGGAGAAGCACAGGACCACAAAGGAGAGGGCUUCGCUGUGCUGCAAGCCCAAGGUCCCGUUGAGGCGGUGCUCGUCCUUGGUGAUUUUUCCAAAGAGCCCCUGCAGCUCGCCGCCUGCUUCCCCGGUCAGUCCAGUGGCCCUGCCCGCUCUCCCACCAUCAAGAGGUUCCCAGACGACCGCCGGUGAGUCCGCGCAAGGCGACGACGGGGUGCCUGGCAAGGGGUCCGGCACCGCGACAGCAGGUGGCCACCGUUGCCCGAAAGGAGGCCCCUCAGCCGAGUCCAGGGACACCAAACACAUGGUGCACUUCAAUAUUCCCUUACAGGAUGAACCAGAAUGCGAAGCGGACGGCGGGAGCACGACAACGGAACCGUCGCCCGCACGGGAGCGAUCGAGUCGUCACUCGAGCAGCGUGCUGCUCCACUUUGCCCACCAGAGACCAGCGGUGUCGGGGAAGGGAGCGUCGGCCACGGCCACGCUCAAUGUGGAAUACUCGCGUGCCCCCCACCCAGAGGAUGAACCGCACAGAAAGCUCUAUCGUAGUACCUCUGCCUGUCUGUUAUCCUCCACGAAGCAUUGGGAAACGACAGCGAACGCGUGCUCAUAUGGACAGAGGCCUGAGGGAACCCACUGUCACCGAGCCAUGCAGAGGAGCUUCUCCCUGGAGGUGCCCUACGCCAACACUGGAAUCUCCUGUCACGUUUCGAAUGCGAAGCUCAGCAGCACCCGCUCGCCGCACGUGCACAUUCAUUUGUCUCCCUUCUGCCCGAGCAAGUCGUCAGACUCUGUCACUGGUGUAAACGUGAGCCACAAAGGGAACAUGGCGCCAGGGGCCCUCGGUCAGAGCGCAGAGACACGUGAUGACUUUCUGGGACAGGUGGACGUCCCGUUGAAUCAGAUACCGACCGAAAAUCCUAACAGAGAAAGACCAUACACGUUCAAGGAUUUCCUGCUUCAUCCACGAAGCCACAAGUCCAGGGUCAAAGGUCAUCUGCGUCUCAAAAUGACCUACCUGCCAAAAAGCUCCAGUACAGAGGAGGACAGAGCAGACCACACGGAGGACGCGGAGCCUGAAUGGGAGUUUCUGGAGGCCCAGAACCUGGCAGGCCGCAGACAGAGCCAACAGCUUCCUCCUCUGCCCCCAGGCUGGGAGGAGCGCCAGGACAACCUGGGGAGAAUCUACUACGUCAACCACGAGCGCAGAACCACGCAGUGGCAGCGGCCCACAGAGCUAGACGGGGAUUUGGAGGCUCAAAGGAGGCAGAACCUUAAUAUAGGGAUGCAGAAUUCGUUCAUUGCACGCAGACAGAUCUCAGACCCUGAUGAGAGCACGACGAGAGAGUCUCCUGAGGUCAUUAACAGAUCUAGCUGGGAGAUCAUCACAGAGGACGAGUCCACAUUGUACCACAGCAAUAACCAGCGCAUAUCGCCACCCGAGGAGAUCCAGAUACUCAGUGAUGAGCCCAGAAACACCCGCGCCUCUGGGGCCACAGCUAGCGAGCGCCGCUCCUCCUACACUAAUCAUGCUAGUAAUUCAAACCAUUCCAGUCGAAGAGGAAGUGCCCAGUCCUCAACCAGAGAAGAACAUCCUGCUAGACCUGUGCUGCUUCCAGCCACAGCUGGGCUGCCUCCAGGCUGGGAGGAGAAGUGGGACAGUAAAGGACGGCGCUACUAUGUCAACCACAAGGCUCAGAGCACUACAUGGAUACGCCCCAUCCUCCAGAAAACGUCCGACGCCCCGACAGCAGCGCAGAGCGCUGCAGGUUCGUCCCUGCCCCCUGCGUCGCCUCAGCACACCGCGUCCCCCGACGAGUCUCCUCAGUCCACCGCGAGGACCGAGGCCACGAGUGACGCUGGCUUCCUGCCUGCGGGCUGGGAGGUUCGCAGCGCCCCCAAUGGAAGACCCUUCUUCAUCGACCACAACACCAAGACAACGACCUGGGAAGAUCCCAGGCGAAAGACGUCUGUACACAAGAGACCUGCACUUGACCCCUCUGACCUCGGCCCUCUGCCGGCCGGCUGGGAGGAGAGGAUCCACAGCGAUGGGAGGAUAUUUUACAUAGAUCACAACACCAGGACCACACAGUGGGAAGAUCCCAGAUUACAGAACUCAGCCAUUACCGGACCAGCUGUGCCUUAUUCCAGGGAUUAUAAACAGAAGUAUGACUACUUCCGAAAGAAGCUGAAGAAGCCGGCUGACAUCCCGAACCGCUUUGAGAUGAAGAUGAGGCGCAAUGCGGUGCUGGAGGACUCGUACCGACGCAUCCUCUCGGUGAAAAAGCCGGACCUGCUGAAGGCUCGUCUGUGGGUGGAGUUCGAGGGGGAAAAGGGACUGGACUACGGCGGCGUGGCCAGGGAGUGGUUCUUCCUCAUGUCCAAGGAGAUGUUUAACCCGUACUAUGGACUGUUUGAGUACUCAGCCACGGACAACUACACGCUGCAGAUCAACCCCAACUCAGGUUUAUGUAACGAGGACCACCUGUCCUACUUCAAGUUCAUCGGCCGCGUGGCGGGCAUGGCUGUGUAUCACGGGAAGCUGCUGGAUGCUUUCUUCAUUCGGCCUUUCUACAAGAUGAUGCUGCAGAAGCCAAUCACCCUCCAGGACAUGGAGUCUGUUGACAGUGAAUAUUUCAACUCCCUGAUGUGGAUUGUGCAGAACGACCCAACAGACUUGGACCUGAGGUUCACCAUUGACGAAGAGCUGUUUGGACAGACUCACCAGCAUGACCUGAAGCCAGGAGGUGCAGAGAUCGUCGUCACUAAUGAGAACAAGAGCGAAUACAUCCACCUGGUGAUACAGUGGAGGUUUGCAAACAGGAUACAGAAGCAGAUGACUGCCUUCAAGGAGGGAUUUUUUGAGUUGAUACCACAGGAUCUAAUCAAGAUCUUUGAUGAGAACGAACUUGAGCUGCUGAUGUGCGGCCUCGGAGACGUGGAUGUGAACGACUGGAAGGCCAAUACGAAGUACAAGAACGGCUACUCCUCCAACCACGCGGUCAUCCACUGGUUUUGGAAGACGGUGCUACUGAUGGAUGCAGAGAAGCGGAUUCGGCUUUUGCAGUUUGUGACGGGAACGUCCAGAGUCCCAAUGAACGGCUUCGCUGAACUCUACGGGUCUAAUGGACCGCAGCUGUUCACCAUCGAGCAGUGGGGGGCACGUGACAAACUCCCCCGAGCCCACACAUGCUUCAACCGGCUCGAUCUUCCUCCGUACGAGUCGUUUGAGGAACUGCGGGAGAAGCUUCACAUCGCGAUUGAGAACGCACAAGGGUUCGACGGGGUGGAUUAAUGCAGGUGGAGUAGAAGAGCUGAAGUGACAUUUAUUGUUGCCACAGGAUAUCCAGCGUGACGGCAACUCAGGUCUUAACCUGCCAGCUGUGACAAAGGACAAAUGAGAGCCACGAAGCAUUUAUCGUGUUCUCUGUUGGUCGACAUACAGAGAACCUACAUUAAUCUGGAGUGAUGGUGGUGUUUGAUUUCUCUACUAUGUUUACAAAUCAGUCAUUAUAAAUCACUUAUAUUUACUCUUGUUUGCUAUGCUAAAAUACACAAGUAUUUAUAAACACCAUUCUGUGAAAUGACAUUGUAUAAAAUGUGAAUGGAAAUCCACGAAAUAUAAAAUAUCAGGACUUUAAUUUGGGCUGAAACUCUUCAGGUCAGUGUCUGAUUCCAGACACUUCAAAUGCAGUUAUGUUGUUGUCAGGUUCUUAACUCGUCUCUUUGUAGCAUAAAUAGGUUAGUGGUGUAAAGGACAGAACAGUCAGGUUCACUGUGGUGAAGAAAGACUUAAAGUUAGCAUGUGUAGUAUUACAGCGUAUAUGAAUGAAAAACACAGACUUACAACCAACGUCUCCACUUCAGUGGUGGAAUGUAACAAAGUACAUUUACUCAGGUGCUUUACUCAAUUAUAGUAUUUUAUACUACGCUACAUUUUUUUCUAUACAGUAUGAAUCCUGAUGCUUUGUUCUAUAUUACACUAUCAACCGCAGUCAGUGCAAGUAAAGCUAAAUAAUUAUGUAAAUAUGUAUUUCCUAUAAAUGAGUAUUUCAUGGAUCCUACUUCUCAAAUAAUAGUUUUUAAUGCUUUGGUUUCUAAUUAGAAUCUGGCAAAUCUUUUUUACAAAACUACGGUUUAACUGCAGUAAAUUCCAAGAUUUUUAAUAAAAGAAAAUACAAUUACAACGUAAUAGUUAAAACUUUUAGGGGCCAUUGUCUAUAAGUGCAUUUUCUGAUGAUGUAGGACAUUUAUAUAUCGGAGAAUUUCCACUGUGGUAUAAGUACAUUUAAUUAUUUGUGUAGAUUUGUAUGCAAUAUAUUUGUUACUUCUCCAAACGCGAUGUGGACAGCUGCUGUUCUGCUACGGUGCUCAUGUAGAACAACACAGAUAUUUUUUUCCGCUGGAUAAGAAGGUUUUUGGAGCUUCUUAUUCAUUGUAAUUUCAUAACAGUGAGUAAUUGAAGCUCAUGGAGUCUCAGUCUAGUGCUUUACUAGGUAACAUGGAGGAUCUGAAUCCUCCACCUCUGCUGUUUAGUGAGAUACAGCCCGAAUCCCUUUAACCAGUAAUUUAGUAUGUAAGGGUUUGCGCAAAACUGCAGCGAGUUUUUUCCAGAUGUAUUUUUAACAGGAAAACGUAUUAUAAUUUAGCCUUAGCAAACAUAUGUAAAGAUAUUUUAUUUAGAUUUUACGGAGUUAAACAUUUUUCAUUCCAUAUAUUUAAAGCCGUCAUAUAGGAGAACUUUCAAAACUAACACCUGUAGCAGAACAUGCAGGUUUGAGUGAAUAAACUGAGUCCCUCUUGUAUCAGUUCAUCAUCAUCAUUAUGAUGCAUCAGUACCAGGACCAGUAACGUUUCUAGAUACACUAAUCUUACAUUUGUCACAACGCCAGUGUUAGAUUGUGUUUUAUAACAGUACUUGCACAGAUUAACGUCAGAUAAUUAGAGUUUCUCAGAUGUCACAGAAGAUUUGUAUGUACCAAUUGACUUUGCCUUUUAAAAUGGGAUGAAGCCACUGCUGUUAGCAUCACUCAUCUUUGCUUAGUGCACGACUAGAUCAUGCAUCGUCUUUGCUUCACUUUGAUCCGUAGCUGCCCACAAACUGCAACAACACACAUGAGAUCUGCAGGAACGGUUCUAAGCAAACCGAGCUUGCUCGGUGUAGAUGCAGCGCGUUUCGUGCUUUGUUGUCAGUGAGUAAUUGUGGUUUUGUCUUCUUUUACUCGACGUGGGUGUGCAAUCGCAGCGCAGUGCUCUGUUUUUAAGAGUACAACAUUAAACGUAGUUUUGCUGGUUGUAAAACGUGUACAGGUUGUUUGGGUGCACCUUUAAUGACAGGAGCUUUAAUCUUUUCUGAAUGGUAAAACGUGUGUUUACACUGUCUGCCAUGUUUACAGGCUGUUGGGAAGGAAGAUGUGUUGGGCUGGUUUUUGUCUCUGGCAACACAGUUUUAUAAAUAUGCUUUUAUAAAGUGACGCACUUUGUUAAACGUCGAUAAGUCUUACAUCUGCGCUGCCUGAAUCUGUCGCCCGCGUAAAUCGCUCCUUAAAAACACGAUCCUAUGCUUAAAGUGCACACGUUAAAAUGUUUACAUGUGAUCACUGCAGAAAAAAAGCACAUUCUCUUCUUCCUCUUAUAUUUAAACUGAAAUACGGAGGCCUUCAUUUGUAAUAUAUUGUAGAAUUUAAUUGUGUUUAUGAAUUUUUUAAUCUCUAAAUGGAAUUACUGUUAUGUUUUGUUGUCUGCUGAAGUAUAAUGAGCAGCACUUCAUGUUUGACAUAUCAAAUUUUGUUAUAAUGGAAUGUAAUUUCCUCACCUAUAAGUGCUUUACAACAUACAAUCAAAGUGUAUACAACAGAUGCCAGGUGGAAAAUGUAGCUGGUAACUUCACUGACGUAUAGCACAACAAAAUUUAAUAUAAAUACCUUUUAAAAAAUAAAAAUCUAAAAACAUUAA